CCGCUGGAAACACAUUCAAAUGAGUGUGGUGAGAGUGCAUCCGAGAUAAGGGCUAGAGGCCAUCAUCCACGGGUUUGCUUUUUUCAUACACCUACUCCUCCAGCCACACUUUGGAGACGAUCAUCCGCUUAUCUCACAUGUCAGGAACUCAUUGCCUAUGUCAGACUACUAAAUAAACAUGAAGUGGUGUGGCUGAAUCAAAGACGACCUACACUGGGAAUAAUAGCAGGAUGAGGACUGUGAUGUGGGGGGUGUCGUCCUUUUCAAUUCAAUCGAGGUGUGCUGUCGAAUGUACGUCUCGAAGACGAAAAGUGCCACAAAAUGCCGCCUUAUCAUUCUAGUGUCCCGUUCAAUGAUCAGAAAGUCAUCUCGAAUAUCCCUCUUCUACCCCUAAAAGUGACAACCAAAGGCACUGGAACACGUGGUCCCGCUCCUGUGGUGGCCAACAAUACUGACCGGGAUAUCGUGGAUGAGAGUUUGGAGCUCUUCAAGGCGAACAUUUUCUUCAGUUCCUUCGAGAUCAAAGAUCGAUCAGACCAGUUGCUGGUGUAUUGCAUUUUAUACAUUGUCUUGUGCUUGAGGAUGAUCCAGAAGUGUGCCACCAAGGAACGAGCGGUUAAGGAGAUGUUCACCUUGGCAUUGGAGAAAUUUGACCUGCCGGGGGACGCUGGGUUUCCGCUCAAUUGUUAUUAUGAACCGGCUAAAUCACAACAAGACAGAGAUACCCUCCACAAGUAUUUGACCCAAAUCCGAAGCGAGAUCGGAGCUCGAUUACUGGAACGUGUUUUCGAUCCCAAGAUCAGUGUGGAUGGAAAACCAAGUAAAUGGUGGAUGUGCUUUGCCCGCAAGAGGUUCUUGAACGUCGAAUUGUCGAAAUGAGUGGCGUGUCCGUCAAAAAUCGAAAUUAGCUUUAUGGAAUUCAUUAUCGAAUGAUUUAUUGUUGGCAAAUAUAAUGGAGCAUUGUGAUAUAAAUCUAA